AUGCGCUCCUUAUUGUUGCAUUGCGCACUCCUCACCUCCACAUUCGCCUUAUGGCCUCAACCCAAGCAAUUCGAGCAUGGCUCGUCAACCUUGUGGCUCUCACCCAAUGUUAAGCUCGUGCACACAAGUAGAACAGCCCCGUCUCAGCCUCUCGAGUGGCUCUGGACUACCGUGGAAAAAGUGAUCUUCUUUCCUCAUAAUGGCAUCACGCCAACAAAGGGCCAGGUUUCAUCGGAAACUCUGCUCCAGUCGGCAUUUGAACGUAUGAAGCACAACGUUCUGAAUCAUAGCUUCGUGCCUCGGAAAUUCCAUGCGAGAGACGUUCAGUUCGAGCCGGCCACAGAUGACUCAAAGCGGUACAUUGAGCAGCUCGCCAUUGAAGAAGACCCGCGCAAUGACUUGGCGGAUACCGAGCGCUUGGACAAGUCCGAGGCAUACGCCAUUGAGGUCUCUGAGGAUGGUAGCGCAGUGAUCAAGAUUGCUUCCCCAGCUGGGGGACUACACGCACUUGAGACAUUUGCUCAACUUUUCUUCGCUCAUUCCACUCCAAAUGCUGGCUUCUACACGCCAUACGCUCCUCUCACGGUUAAGGACAGACCAGCGUUCGGACAUCGAGGCCUCAAUUUGGACAUUUCCCGCAAUUGGAUCCCACCCGCAGAUGUAAUGCGUACAAUUGAAGCUAUGGCCUCCAAUAAGCUCAAUCGACUGCACAUACACGCGACCGACGCCCAGUCGUGGCCUCUCGAGAUCCCAGCCCUCCCAGAUUUAGCACUCAAGGGUGCAUACAGUCCAUCUCAAAUCUGGCAUACAGAAGAUUUGGAGGCUGUCCAGCGCCACGGUACGAAUUACGGUGUGCAAGUAUUCGUCGAGAUCGAUCUUCCUGGCCACACUACCUCUAUUGGUAAUGCUUACCCACACCUCGUCACCGCUAAAGACAUGCCCUGGCCUGAGUACGCCCUGGAACCACCAUCUGGCCAACUACGACUCAACUCUUCCGAGGUCCCGCCUUUCAUCGAGACCCUCCUUACCGAUCUACUUUCCCGUACAUCAAAGCACAGUUCCCUAUUCCAUCUUGGCGGCGACGAACUAAACUUGAAUGCGUACUUGUUAGACCCGACGGUCAAUUCCGCCUCUCAUCAAAUCCUUCAACCGCUAGUCCAGGCCUUUAUCGAUCAUGUUAUCUCCCUGGCAACAUCAUAUUGCCUGACAGUAAUCAUGUGGGAAGAAAUGGUAAUCGACUGGAACCUCACCCUCCCCAAAAACGUCAUCAUCCAAACGUGGCGAGGCAGCGACGAUAAUGCUCUCACUUCCAUUCUGAACAAAGGAUACAGAACCUUAUUCGGCUCAAACGCUCAUUGGUACCUCGACUGUGGCCACGGCUCCUUCAUAGACCCGGAGUCUGCGAACCCAGAUAGCCCUGUCAAACCACCCUAUCUAGAUUACUGCGGUCCGUACAAGAACUGGCGGCACAUGUAUGCGUACAAUCCAGUAGCUCAUAUACCCCAAAGCCAAAGACACCUAGUCGUCGGCGGAGAAGCUCAUCUGUGGGGCGAGCUUACGGACAGUGUCAAUCUGGAUGGUAUGCUGUGGCCAAGGGUGGCGGCGGCGGCAGAGGUGAUGUGGAGUGCCCCUGGAAAGAAGCCCGACGAGAGCACGACAAGGAGGUUGGCUGACAUGAGGGAGAGGCUUGUGAUGAGAGGGGUUGGCGCUGGGGUUGUGCAGAUGGAAUGGUGUCUAAGGCAUGAGGGCGGCUGUAGGCUUUGA